UCACUUGAACGUUUGGGGGAAAGGAAAGGAAAAGAAAAGAAAAAAAAAAAAGAGAAAACACCCACCCUUCAUCCUACCUAUAUGGAAAUCGAGUCUGUGAGGUGUGAGUGUUGUGGGCUCAAAGAGGAUUGCACCCAAGAUUACAUCAGUAGUGUCAAGGCCAAAUUUGAUGGCAAAUGGCUAUGUGGGUUGUGCUCGGAAGCCGUCAGAGACGAAGUCAGCCGGGGAAAGGUUUCAUUUGGGAUGGAAGAAGCUGUGAAAGCUCACAUGUCAUUUUGUGGGAAAUUCAGAUCCAAUCCAGCGGUUCGAGUGGCUGACGGUAUGAGGCAGAUGCUGAGGAGAAGGUCCGGUGACUUAUCCUCACCGUCUUCUGCUUCAAAGAAGUAUGCAAGAUCAGCAAGCACGAAACUUUACUGAUUGAAAAAACAUGAGAGGGAGAAAGUCUUUCUAACUUUUGUUGAAAAUUUGGAAUAAUAUUUGGUAGUCUUAGCUUUUCUUAGCUUAAGUCAUGGCAACCCUUAUUGUACAUAGAGGAUCUUAUUUCAAUUGAGACUUCUGCCUAUUUUUACUUCUUUCUCUUGAUUUGGUGUCUUUUCUCCUUUCUUUUCUUGGAUGCAGAGACAUUUUUUUCCAAAGAAAAAUAUGGAAAGGAGACCAAAUUCACAAUACAGUUUUGAUUUUUGU